AUGGAACUCGGUUUAAAGCACCAACUUGGUCUCGUUUGUGUGAUACUGCUCUUUCCUGCAUUGUGUAGCUGCUACGAAUAUGUUACAAACUCAAGAGCAACCUAUUAUAAUACCCCUGGGGGCUAUGGGAAUCCUAGGGGAGCUUGUGGGUUUGGAGAAUAUGGAAGGACGAUGAACAAUGGCAGUGUUGCAGCCGUAUCAGGGUUAUGGCGCAACGGAGCUGGAUGUGGAGUAUACGUGGUGGCAACAGACUAUGGCGCUGGAGACAGAACAGACUUCAUAAUGAGCAAACGUGGGUUCUCAGAAUUGGGACGCAACGCAGGUGCUUCUGCCCAACUGUUAAAAGAAGGGGUAGUGGAUAUUGCAUUCAAAAGGGUUCCCUGUAGAUACCCUUCUAACAUCAAGCUCCAAGUCCAGGAAAGCAGCAGAAACCCUGGCUACUUUGCUGUUUUGCUUCUCAACGUAAAUGGAAUAAACGACAUCACUGCUGUUGAGAUGUGGCAGAGAGGGGAGAAACGAUGGGAGGCACUGCGAAGGGCCUAUGGAGCAGUGUUUGACUUUGCUAACCCACCAAGUGGUGAAAUCCUCUUAAGGUUUCAAGUUGGCUAUAAAUAUUGGCUUCUUCCCAAGAUCUCUAUUCCUGCUAAUUGGAAGCCUGGAGUUACUUAUGACUCCAAAAAUAAUGGGGUUGUGUAG